GGUUGGCAUUGGCGCCGCGCCGGCACACCCCGGCUCGGUACCUGUGGUUUUAGAGGACGAGCACCUGCGGUACUCUAAGCGCAUCGCGGGCUGGCCGGCUGCCUGGGUGUCGGACCAGCGAUACCGGCGUGUGGUGGUGCUGCUGGUGUUGGCUGGCUGGCCUGGCUGCCUGGGCUCGAUUUUCUUCGUCCUCCUCCUGCUCCGCCUCCGGGCGAGACACACGGCGCAAAGGAAAUGAUACCCACCUGUUGGCAGGAUGGGCACGAAGGAGCAGCCCUAUGGGCCUGACCACGUAUGUAUGGGACCUACCCGGUAGCAAUGGAAGUGUACAGAAGCCUCAACAGGGAAAAAAAAAAAAAAAAAAAAAAAAAAAAAAAAAAAAAAAAAAAAAAAUUGCGCAGGCGAGGCGCAGGCGCAGGCAGCAGGCAGCAGCAAGCAAGCAAGUGGGUAAGGUAAUCCGUAGACACCAACACCAACACCAGCCUAGGAAGAGUUGGUGCCAGCAAACACCCUAUCGUCAAACACUAGCUAGAGUGAGCGGGCCCCGAUCCCGAUCCCGCUCCAACAACCGACGAAGCACUGCACUACGCUCUCAGCCUCACGCGCCCGAGGUCUCAGAUAGACCUAGGCUACCUAGGUAACCCGUACCUAAGCUACCGUAUCGACGAAACGAUCAUCUCCGAGGCCGACUCCGAUGCGAUGCGCGAGC